AAGCUAGAGAAAUAAGAGAACAGAAAGGAAGAACCCUAGAAAACUAAAAAGCAAGCGCACCAUUAACGGACGAAUUACAAUAAAAGGUGGACGACGGAAUUACUCCGAUGGCGCAAGAUCGGAAGAGGCAAAGGCCGAACAUAUUGAUCACUGGAACUCCGGGAACCGGUAAGACAACAACGUCAUCUGCUUUAGCAGACGCCGCUCAGCUCCGUCAUGUCGCUAUCGGAGACCUUGUGAAGGAGAAGAAUCUACAUGAUGGCUGGGAUGACGAACUCCAGUGUUAUAUCAUUAACGAAGAUCUGGUUUGCGAUGAGUUGGAGGAUUUGAUGGAAGAAGGCGGAAUCAUUGUGGACCAUCACGGCUGUGAUUUUUUUCCUGAGCGGUGGUUUGAUCGCGUGGUUGUGCUUCAGACUGAAAACUCCAUCUUAUAUGACCGCUUGACGAAGAGGGGAUACGAAGGAGCCAAGCUUUCGAACAAUAUUGAAUGCGAAAUCUUUCAGAUAUUGCUCGAGGAGGCGAAUGAAAGCUAUCAGGAGAACAUAGUGGUGGCUCUAAGGAGUGACACUGUAGACGAUGUAGCUCGAAAUGUUGAAACUCUGGCGGAUUGGGUUAAGAAUUGGCAUCCUGUAAGCUAAGCAGAUAACAAAAGAAAAGAAGAGAAUAUUACUUUUGUACCAGUUUUCUUGAUUCUAAAGUAUCUGGUCAGUUAAGAAAGUUGCCUUUGCUGCUUGAUUGAAUUAGUUUUUCUCUUAGCCAUCAUAUCUUUUAGAGCUGUAUAUCUCCCAAUUCCCCAUUGUUUGGAAUAUUAGAACACUGCAUCAUUUUGUUUAGGUUUUACCCUGUUUGUACCAAUGUUAUCAUUGAAACAAUGGAGAUAUUAUCUAAGUUUUUUUUUUUGAGGAUUUUGUUA